AUGAAAGAUUCCUCGGAUUGCUUGUCUGGAUUUGAUCCCAUGUUGCCAGAGUGGUACUCUAACAUGUUAAUUACUUCAUCCACCGACACUUCUGAUAGACUACUAAGAUUAAGUAGUCUAUCAGAACUACUUAAUCUUAGUGUGCCUAUGGGUAGCCCGAUAUCAGGAACACUCUGUGAAUUAGUGGUCAGAAAACACCUGAAUACCAUAUUACCUAAAUUUCAAGAGGACAUAGCAUUGUAUGUCAGUAAAGACGAUACAUCCGAACGGAGAUUGCAGCAAUCAUUGUUUAAUGAUGAAAUUGAUUUGAAAUUUGGCUUUAAACGAUAUCAAGAAUCGGCAGAAAUAGUAGGAUGGCUUGUCAACAUGCAUCCGACUGAAAUCUUAGAUGAAGACAGAAGAUUAGUUAGUGCUGUAGAUUAUUAUUUUGUUCAAGAAGAUGGAAAUCGCUUUAAAGUAUCAUUUCCUUUUAAUCCUUAUUUUUAUAUUGCUGUUAAAAAUAAUUGUGAACAGGAAGUUUCUUCCUUUCUCACUCGAAAAUUUGCUGGAAGUCUUUAUCGAGUUGAGAUCAUCCAAAAAGAAGAUCUUGAUUUGCCUAACCAUCUAAUUGGAUUAAAAAAAACUUAUUUAAAACUAUCUUUUCUGACUGUGUCAGAUUUAAUAAAAGUUAGGAAAGAACUACUUCCGACGAUUAAAAAAAACCGAGACAGAAUGAAAUCUAGAUCCACCUAUGUAGAAAUGUUGAAGAAUAAUAUGUCAUCCAAUGAUGAGAAAAUUAUUGUGGGUAGAGUUACUGAACAGAUGGAGAAUAUCAUAGACAUUCGAGAAUAUGAUGUUCCUUAUCAUAUAAGAGUUUCCAUUGACAAAAAAAUCUUUGUUGGGCAUUGGUAUUCAGUGAGGUGUAAAGGAACUGAACCUCCAGAAAUUGUUAGACGGGAUGAUUUAUUACAGACUCCUGAUGUAACUGUUUUGGCUUAUGAUAUAGAAACAACAAAACUUCCAUUAAAAUUUCCAGAUUCUAGUACUGAUCAGAUAAUGAUGAUAUCCUAUAUGAUAGAUGGACAAGGAUACUUAAUUACAAACAGAGAGAUUAUUUCUUCUGAUGUAGAAGAUUUUGAAUAUACGCCAAAACCAGAAUUUGAAGGACUUUUUACAAUUUUUAAUGAGCCAAAUGAAGUUAGUUUGAUUCAACGUUUUUUUGAUCAUAUUUAUGAAGUAAAACCUCUUGUUUUUGUGACUUACAACGGUGAUAUGUUUGAUUGGUAUGUAUUUUUAACUUGUAAUAUUCUACUCUUGAUUGAAGUAUUUUGA